AUGAAUGAGAGGUUAAAACCCAAAAUCAGAAAACCCAAUAAUUUGUUAUCCGAAUCUAAGAAGGUCUCAGUUUCAGUUAUCUCUGUUUUCUUACUCUUCAUCUUCGUUAAUACCUUCUUCUACCCAAUUUUUUAUUCCGACGACUCUAGCUCAAUUCGCCGCAACCUCGUCGAUUCCCGAGAAAAUCUCGACUUUCCGGGAAAAUCGCGUAAAACGAAGGUUUACAUGUAUGACCUGCCAACGAAUUUCACUUGCGGAAUCAUCGAGGAACACCGCAUAGCUCGCGGCGGAGGAGAGAAAUCCGAUGACGUCACCAGGUUGAAAUAUCCGGGUCAUCAACAUAUGCACGAGUGGUAUCUCUUCUCGGAUCUUACCCGACCCGAAAUCGAACGGGUCGGGUCUCCAGUUGUCAGGAUUCUUGACCCGAAUGAGGCGGAUUUGUUCUACGUCUCGGCAUUCUCUUCUCUGUGCUUGAUUGUGAACUCGGGUCGACCCGGUAACUCCGGGUCGUGUUACAGUGAUGAGGAGAUGCAAGAGAGUUUGGUGGGUUGGUUGGAAAGACAAGAAUGGUGGAGGAGGAACAAUGGGAGGGAUCAUGUGAUUGUCGCCGGUGACCCGAAUUCGUUGAAACGGGUUAUGGAUCGGGUCAAGAAUGCGGUUUUGCUUGUGACGGAUUUUGGCCGGUUAAGGGUUGACCAAGGUUCGCUUGUGAAAGACGUAAUCAUACCUUGUUCUCAUAGGGUUGAUGUUUAUGAAGGUGAGCUUGGAGUGAAGGAGAGGAACAAUUUGUUGUUCUUCAUGGGAAACCGAUAUCGCAAAGAUGGAGGCAGAGUUCGAGAUUUGAUUUUCAAGCUGCUUGAGAACGAAGGCGAUGUUGUGAUCAAACACGGAACAGAAUCAAGAGAGAAUAGGCGUGCAGUUAAACAAGGAAUGCACACAUCUAAGUUUUGUUUACAUUUGGAUGGUGCCACUCCUGCUUGCAGAUUAUUUGAUUCCAUUGCGAGUUUAUGUGUCCCGGUGAUUGUAAGCGAUAGCAUUGAGCUACCUUUUGAAGAUGUUAUAGAUUACAGAAAGUUCUGUAUAUUCUUGAGAAGUGAUGCUGCUUUGAAACCAGGGUUUGUGGUUAAGAAGCUGAGAAAAGUGAAAACAAAAAAGAUUUUGAAAUACCAGAAGGCUAUGAAAGAGGUAAAGAGUGUUACUUGUCCGGUCUUUUCAACAUUUCCCCUUGUCGAUUAA